AUGAACCUCUCUCUCUCUCUCUCUCUCUUCUCUCAUCUCUCUCCUUCGCUUUCUUUUAUUGCAUCUCCUUCCCUCUUUUCACAUUUUCAUCUUCCUCUAUAUCUUCCAUCAUCUCUCUAUUAUCUCGUUCCAACUUUCUCUCUCUCUCUCUCUCUCUCUCUGUCCCUUUUCCUGUUCUCUCCCUCAUCGCUUUUCCGCUUCGAUCUCUCAUCUCUCUCAUUUUCUCUCCUCUCAUAUCUCUCCUAUAUUUAUUCUUCUCUCUCUUUCAUCUCCGGUCGUCUCUCUUUUAUCUCAUCUCCUUCCUAUCUUUCCGUCUUUCUCCUCCCGUCUCUCAUCUCCUGUCGUCUCUUCCCUCAUCUCUCUACUUUCUCGCUUCGACUCUCCCUCCCCCACAUCUCUCUCUCUCUCUCUCUCUCUCUCUCUAUCGGAUAUUUCUCCUAUAUUUAUUCUUCUCUGUCUUUCUCUCUCACCUCUCUUCGUCUUUAUUCUUCUCUCUUAUAUAAUCUCUUUUUAAUCUUUCUUUCUUCCUCUCUCUCUCUCUCUCUCUCUCUCUCUCUCUCUAUUAAGGGAUGCACCCCUUUUUCAUACAAGUAUCUAUCUAUCUAUCUAUCUCAGCCUUGUCUUUUCGUAUCUAUCUAUUUAUCUCAGUCUUGUCUUUUCGUAUCUAUCUAUCUAUCUAUCUAUCUAUCUAUUGUAUCUAUCUAUAUCAAUCUUGUCUUUCAUCUAUCUAUCUCUUGUCUUUUUUUAUCUAUCUAUCUCAGUCUUGUCUUUUCGUAUCUAUCUAUCUCAGUCUUGUCUUCUAUCUAUCUAUUAUCUAUCUCAGUCAUCUAUCUAUCUAUCUAUCUAUCUCAGUCUUUUCUAUCUAUCUUUCAUAUUUCUCAUUCAUCUAUCUAUCUAUCUAUCUAUCAGUCUUGUCUUAUCGUAUCUAUCUAUCUCAGUCUUGUCUUUUAUCUAUCUAUCUAUCUAUCUAUCAUCUCAUCUUUUUCGUAUCAUCUAUCUCAGUCUUGUCUUUUCAUCUAUCUAUCUAUCAAUCUAUCUUUUCGUAUCUAUCUAUCUCCAGUCUCAUUAUCUAUCUAUCUAUCUAUAUCUAUCAUUAUCUAUCUGCCUUUUCCAUCUAUUCAUCUAUCUAUCUCAUCUUCUCUCUUUUCGUAUCUAUCUAUCAUUAUCUAUCUAUCUAUCUAUCUCAGUCUUUCGUAUCUAUCUAUCUCAGCCUUGUCUUAUCUUUUCGUAUCUAUCUAUCUAUCUAUCAUUAUCUAUCUAUCUAUCUAUCUAUCUAUCUAUCUCAGUCUAUCCAUCUAUCUAUCUAUCUCAUCUUUAUCCUAUCCAUCUAUCUAUCUAUCUAUCUAUCUAUCUCAAUCUGAUCAUUAUCUAUCUCAGUCUUGUCUUUUCCAUCUAUCUAUCUCCAUCCAUCUAUCUAUCUAUCUAUCCUCAUCUUAUCUUGUCUAUCCAUCUAUCUAUCUAUCUAUCUAUCUAUCUAUCUAUCUAUCUAUCCUCAGUCUUUUGAUCAUUAUCUAUCUAUCUAUCUAUCUCAGUCUUGUCUAUCUUCUAUCUAUCUAUCUUUCUAUCAUUAUCUAUCUAUCUCAGUCUUGUCUUUUCUAUUUCUAUCUAUCUAUCUCAGUCUAUCAUUAUCUAUCUAUCUAUCUAUCUAUCUCAGUCUUGUCUUUUCGUAUCCAUCUAUCCAUCCAUCCAUCUUUUCAAUCUAUCAUUAUCUAUCUAUCUAUCUUAUCUUUCUAUCUAUCUAUCUCAGUCAUCCAUCUAUCUAUCUAUCUAUCUCCCAGUCUUGUCUUUCUGCAUCUAUAUAUCUCAGUCUAUCUUAUCUAUCUAUCUAUCUCAGUCCUCUAUUCUUAUCAUCUAUCUAUCUAUCUAUCUAUCUAUCUAUCUCUUUCUGAUCUAUCUAUCAUCUAUCUAUCUAUCUAUCUCAGUAUUAUCUAUCUAGCCUUGUCCUUUCUAUCUAUCUCAGUCUUGUCUUUCGUAUCUAUCUAUCUAUCUAUCUAUCUAUCUCAUCUAUCUAUCUAUAUCUAUUUAUCAUCUAUCCAUCUAUCUAUCUAUCUAUCUAUCUCAUCUAUCCUAUCUAUCAGUCUUUCUGAUCAUUAUUCAUCUAUCUAUCUAUCUAUCUGCCUCAGUCUUGUCUUUUUCGUAUCAUUUCUCAGUCUUCUAUUUUCGUAUCUAUCUAUCUAUCUAUCAAUCUCAGUCUUUUUCGUAUCUAUCUAUCUAUCUAUCUAUCUAUCUAUCUAUCUCAAUCUGAUCAUUAUCUAUCUCAGCCUUGUCCUUUCGUAUCUAUCUAUCUCAGUCUUGUCUUUUCGUAUCUAUCUAUCUCAGUCUUGUCUUUUCGUAUCUAUCUAUCUAUCUAUCUAUCUAUCUAUCUAUCUAUCUCAGUCUGAUCAUUAUCUAUCUAUCUAUCUAUCUAUCUAUCUAUCUAUCUAUCUCAAUCUGAUCAUUAUCUAUCUCAGCCUUGUCCUUUCGUAUCUAUCUAUCUCAGUCUUGUCUUUUCGUAUCUAUCUAUCUAUCUAUCUAUCUAUCUAUCUAUCUAUCUCAUCUUGUCUUUUCGUAUCUAUCUAUCUCAGUCUUGUCUUUUCGUAUCUAUCUAUCUAUCUAUCUAUCAAUCUCAGUCUUUUUCGUAUCUAUCUAUCUAUCUAUCUAUCUAUCUAUCUAUCUCAAUCUGAUCAUUAUCUAUCUCAGCCUUGUCCUUUCGUAUCUAUCUAUCUCAGUCUUGUCUUUUCGUAUCUAUCUAUCUCAGUCUUGUCUUUUCCUAUCUAUCUAUCUAUCUAUCUAUCUAUCUAUCUAUCUCAGUCUGAUCAUUAUCUAUCUAUCUAUCUAUCUAUCUAUCUAUCUCAAUCUGAUCAUUAUCUAUCUCAGCCUUGUCCUUUCGUAUCUAUCUACCUUGUCUUUUUUCGUAUCCAUCUCAUCUAUCUAUCUAUCUAUCUAUCUAUCUAUCUAUCUAUCUAUCUCAGUCUGAUCAUUAUCUAUCUAUCUAUCUAUCUAUCUAUCUAUCUAUCUAUCUCAGCCUUGUCUUUUCGUAUCUUUCUAUCUAUCUAUCUAUCUAUCUAUCUCAGUCUUGUCUUUUCGUAUCUAUCUAUCUAUCUAUCUCAGUCUGAUCAUUAUUCUAUCUAUCUAAAAAUCUAUCUUCCCUCAGUCUUGUCUUUUCCUAUCAUCUAUCUCAGUCUUGUGUUUUCGUAUCUAUCUAUCUAUCUAUCAAUCUCAGUCUUUUUCGUAUCUAUCUAUCUAUCUAUCUAUCUAUCUAUCUAUCUCAGUCUUUUUCGUAUCUAUCUAUCUAUCAAAGAAGAGAGGAAUCUCUUAUCUCUUUCCUUUCUCUCCACAUCUCCUACUUUCUCGCUAAUCUCAGCUCCGCUUUGCAACAUUUUAAUUCGCUUAUCUCUUUCUUAUCAUUCACUAUCUCUCUUCCUUUUCUCUCGUCUUUCUCAACUCCAUCCUUCGCUUUCUCUCUUUGCUAUCUUAUCUCUUUAA